AUGGAGCAUCAACGCACCACGGUUGCUCUGCCGGAAGAAUAUCUUGCCGCGUAUCGACCGCGCCCGGCUGGUGGCGAUACCACGCCCGCGUCCAAGUAUCCGCAAAGUAAUACGCCCGUAUCUCUCGACCGUCUCGCGAAACCCUUCAAAUGCCCCGGAACUGCGACACCAACAAGAGCAUCAGAGAAGCCCUCGAGAAAGCGACGCAAAGUGAAUUAUGCCGGCGCGGAUGGAAGUGCCCAGGAUGACAGCACGAAGCCGUACACCAACGAGGAUCGAUUGGCCCUUGCCACCAGAGACGUGAACAAGUUUCCUGUCUUCAAGGCGAAAGACAAAGACACGGUGUUCAGGCAAAAUUUCAAAAUACCAUUGAUCAACAAAUCGGCGGACAACUAUGAUGCCUCCAGACCGGCACCCACGUUGGGGAUGAGACAAGGCGCAACAUUUGUUGUGAAGCCUCUACAUGAUCCCAGUGGCGAAUUUGCGAUAGUGCUGUACGACCCGACCAUUGACGAUAUCGACCAAAACGCCGAACCGAAUAAAGCGGAAGAAACGCAACCCGAAGACACAAAACAGAAGUUGGAUGAACCAUUGGUACACAAGAGUUUGGCAGAUAUUCUUGGGCUGAAAAAGGAUGUAGAGGAGCGCCCAAAAGUCCCGGUCGUCAUUGAUCCAAGACUGGCCAAAGUCUUACGGCCCCAUCAAAUCGAAGGCGUUAAGUUUCUUUAUCGUUGCACAACUGGAAUGGUCGACCCGAAUGCACAUGGCUGUAUCAUGGCCGACGGAAUGGGAUUGGGAAAGACGCUUCAAUGUAUUUCAUUGAUGUGGACACUACUCAAACAAUCCCCAGAAGCAGGGAAGACCCUCAUUCAGAAAUGCAUCAUUGCCUGCCCGUCCAGUCUGGUAGGGAACUGGGCCAAUGAAUUAGGGAAAUGGUUGGGCAAAGAUGCCACCACACCCUUCGCCAUUGACGGUAAGGCGUCAAAGGCAGAGCUUAUCACACAGAUCAAGCAAUGGGCCAUUGCUUCAGGCCGAUCAGUCGUAAGGCCAGUCCUCAUAGUGUCGUACGAAACACUCCGGUUGUACGUCGACACCUUGAGAGAUACUCCAAUCGGACUGCUCCUGUGCGACGAAGGGCAUCGACUCAAAAACAAGGACAGUCUGACGUGGACUGCUCUCAAUAGCUUGAACGUGCAGCGUCGUGUGAUUCUGUCCGGAACUCCAAUCCAGAAUGACCUUUCAGAAUACUUUGCACUACUGAAUUUCGCCAAUCCCGACUUGCUAGGGUCACAAAAUGAGUUCCGGAAAAAGUUUGAACUACCCAUCCUCAAAGGGAGAGAUGCGGCAGGGACAGAAGAGGACCGCAAAAAGGGCGACGAGCGACUGGUCGAGCUUUCUGGCAUCGUCAAUAAGUUCAUUAUUCGCCGGACAAAUGACAUCUUGUCGAAAUACUUGCCCGUCAAGUACGAGCAUGUCGUUUUCUGCAGUCUAUCACAGUUUCAACGUGAUCUUUACAACCACUUUAUCCAGAGCCCAGAGAUUAGAAGCUUGCUCAGGGGUAAAGGAAGUCAACCUUUGAAAGCAAUUGGGCUUUUGAAAAAGCUUUGCAAUCACCCAGACCUGCUCAACCUUUCCAACGAUCUUCCAGGCUGCGAGUUUGCCUUCCCUGACGACUACGUUCCACCAGAAGGGCGAGGGCGUGACCGGGAUAUCAAGUCUUGGUAUUCAGGAAAGAUGAUGGUUUUGGACAGAAUGCUUGCAAGGAUUCGUCAGGAUACUAACGAUAAGAUCGUCCUUAUUAGCAACUACACGCAAACACUCGAUCUCUUUGAGAAGCUGUGCAGAUCAAGAGGUUACGGCUCUCUGAGACUGGACGGUACGAUGAACGUGAACAAACGACAGAAAUUAGUCGACAAAUUCAACAACCCAGAUGGAGAUGAGUUUGUUUUCUUGCUCAGCAGUAAGGCUGGAGGGUGCGGUUUGAACCUGAUCGGCGCAAAUCGCCUCGUGCUAUUCGACCCAGACUGGAACCCAGCUGCUGAUCAGCAGGCUUUGGCACGAGUUUGGCGAGAUGGUCAAAAGAAAGACUGCUUUGUUUACCGAUUUAUUGCGACCGGGUCGAUCGAGGAGAAGAUCUUCCAGCGUCAAUCGCAUAAACAGUCUCUCUCCUCAUGUGUUGUGGAUUCGGCUGAAGAUGUCGAGCGGCACUUUUCUAUCGAAUCGCUUCGUGAACUCUUCCAGUUCAAACCAGAGACUCGCAGCGACACGCACGAUACUUUCAAAUGCAAGCGCUGCAAGCCGGAUGGAUCGCAGUUCAUAAAGGCACCCGCCAUGCUCUACGGCGAUACUAGUUCUUGGAACCAUUUUGUGAAUGACGGCGAGAAGGGGCAUUUCAGCAAGAUUCAAGAUUUACUGAUGCGACAGGAGUCCGGGGAGCAUGAUGUGUCCGCGGUAUUCCAGCUCGAAAAAGUCGUCCGCGAUGCCGUCUUCAGGGGCGAACACGAGGAGAUUCAGAAAAUCGUCGAUCAGCUUUGCCAUGACUACGCCUACGCCGUACAUCAACCGCAUGCGAGAAACGGUGGUCUGAUCGGGCUGGCCGCCGCCUCCAUUGCACUCGGAUCUGUGAGUUCAACAACCGUCGAUAAUAAUGAUCGCCCAUCGGGCCCGGGACUGAGAAAAGAACACCAGGAGGGAGUUGCGCCGUAUCUGAAGGAGAUCGUACCCCCGGUCCUGGCAUGUUUUUCCGAUCAAGAUGCCCGCGUCCGAUAUUACGCUUGUGAGAGCAUGUACAACAUCGCCAAGGUUGCGAAAGGGGAAGUCCUGUUGUUCUUUAAUGAGAUAUUCGAUGCGCUCUGUAAACUAGCGUCCGAUUCCGAACUAUCCGUCAAAAAUGGCGCAGAGCUUCUUGACAGACUGGUCAAAGAUAUUGUGUCGGAGUCUGCGGCCUCCUACGUAUCGAUCUUGCAGCUUUCUGAGAAGCAUAACUUUGACUCUGAAAGCGUGGAGGAAGUAGACCUGCCAACCGCCUUUUCCCUUGCGAAAUUCAUUCCUCUCCUGAAAGAGCGAAUCUUCGUGAUCAGCGCCUUCACUCGCAUGUUUCUGGUGUCCUGGCUGACACUGUUGGAUACGAUUCCGGAUUUGGAACUCGUUUCUUAUCUGCCAGAAUUUCUAGGCGGAUUAAUCAAAUUCCUUGGUGACACCAACAGAGAUGUGAAUGUCGCCACCCAAGCCCUUCUCGACAGGUUUCUUUCGGAGAUCAAGAGGAUUGCACGACUCAAAAAAGGGCUCGAAGAGAGCCGAAAAGGACAAGGAAGCGACAUUAGACAGUCGGCUACGAGCGACAGCGCCAGCACAACCACUACGACGACACAGGCCGUCGCUGGUGAAACGGAGAGCAAUGAGAAUGCUGUGGAAGAUUCCGAGUUGGAUUCUGAUAUUGAUGACGAGGGGUUGCAGGUUGAUGGCGACUGGAUUCCCGGGCAAGAUGUCCAGAUUGAUCAUGCGAGGAUAUUGGAGAUUCUCGUGGGUUUCGUCAACACCUCUUUCGAUGAGGAGAUGCAAUUGACCGCACUACGCUGGAUCGAUAGCUUUUUCGAAAUCAGCCCCGAAGAUAUACUGCCUUUUGUGCCACGUCUUCUGACCCAGGUACUUCCAGCAAUGUCCAGCGGCUCAGAUCAGGUGCGGCAGGCCGCAAACAGGGUGAAUACAUCUUUGCUCGAAUACAUUGUCACUUUGUCGGAAGACACAUCAGACGAAACCCAGCAGUCCAGCUCGAAAGCGCUGCCCACGAGUAAGGAAUUUGUCGAGAGGAGGGCCUCCACGCCUAGCAGUAAGCUUACCGACGCAUCAACAGCCGACUCCAGGAAACAGCCUAUACAACCAGAAUCUUCGACCGAGCAAACACCACGAAGUAGUAUCGUGUCCACCCCGGCACCAGUGCCGCCAGCAGAUCUUGAUUACGCCGCGGCCGUCAAUUCACUCACCCUUCAGUUCCUCAAUGAAAACGAGGCCACUAGAGUCGCUGCACUGUCUUGGCUGAUUAUGCUACAUCGUAAGGCUCCGAAGAAGGUGGUGGCAUUCAACGAUGGGACAUUUCCCGCAUUGCUCAAGACACUGUCGGAUCCGGCCGAGGCAGUUGUCACGAAGGAUCUUCAGCUCCUCUCGCAGAUCUCAAGGAAUAGCGAUGACAGCUAUUUCAAAUCGUUCAUGGUCAAUCUGCUUCAGUUAUUCUCUACGGAUCGAGGCUUGCUCGAAGUUCGAGGCAAUCUUAUCAUCCGGCAACUUUGCAUGAAUCUGAGCCCCGAGCGUAUCUAUCGAACCCUAGCAGACUGUCUCGAGAAAGAAGAGGACAUUGAGUUUGCUAGUAUCAUGGUUCAAAAUCUGAACAACAACCUGAUUACUGCACCCGAGCUUUCAGAUCUUCGCAAACGGCUGAGGAAUUUGGAUUCAAGAGUAGAGGGUCAAAUGUUCUUUGUGGCUCUGUUCAGGUCUUGGUGUCACAAUGCCGUUUCCACCUUUUCUCUGUGCCUUCUAGCUCAAGCAUAUGAACAGGCCUACAAUCUUCUUCAAGUUUUCGCUGAACUCGAAAUGACCGUCAACAUGUUAAUUCAAAUCGACAAGCUAGUGCAACUACUCGAAUCCCCCGUUUUUACCUACCUUCGGCUCCAACUCCUCGAGCCAGAGAAAUACCCCCACCUAUACAAAUGUCUCUACGGAGUCCUCAUGCUCCUCCCCCAAAGCUCCGCCUUUGCAGCGUUAAAAAACCGCCUCAACAGCGUCAGCAACAUCGGUCUUCUUCACACCGGUCCUCGACUAACAAGCAUGUCCUCCUCAUCCACCACCUCAUCCUCCAACACCCCCUCCUACGAACGCCCCACAGGGCGCCUCAAGCGCGAAGACUCCUCCAUCCGCUGGGUCGAACUUCUCGACAAGUUCAAAUCCGUGCAAGAAAAAGCCCGCCGCUCGCAACAACGCGCCUCAUCCCAACGUCCCUACGACCUAGACGGUCCCUCCGGCUUCCAGAACCCGUCCCUCUCGAAUGAUCCCGCCCAGCGCCAUACCAGGGACAGGUCACUCCCUGAUACGCCCCGUGGAGGACCCGCCGAGGGCCGUGGGAAUUCGAACAUGAGCGGCGCUGGUGGUGCUGGUGGAGGAGGAACAGAAACUGCGCAGAGAGGAUCGCUUUUGGGGGGUUCGCAUCGGCAUAAAUCUAGUUUGCCGAAUUUGGGGAGAUUGGGGAUUGGGGGGAAGAAGUUUAAGAGGUGA